UGGCUGUAAUUUUGCGCCAACGCCUGCCUGGAAUUUUGUGUCAUUGGGCGCUGACGUAGGCCGUUAAAAAAGGGCCCGCAUAGAAUCCAAUUGAGAGAAGAUUAAGGUUGAAUACAAAUAAUGUAUACAAUUAUUUAUAGACUGCACUCCACCUCAAGAGCCAAGCGCAAUUGCAUUUCCAAAUUGGAAAAUAAAGAUUACGUAGAGAAAGAGGAACGGCACACAGACCCUGCAUUUGGUGAGGGGAUGGAAUUGGAUUGCACUUCCAUUCUAUCUUCAAUUCAUCCAGAAACCUAAAACCUGAUGACGACAAAGGACUGGAUCGCAAUCAAAGGUCUUAUUUGACACAACAGAUACGUUUAUGAAAUGGUUUAUUACUGAUGAUCAAGAUGUAUGCAGCUCGUGCGCCGCGUGAGAGGUCACGAUCAGACUAUGGUUCACCUACCAGAACGGAGAAGGAGAAAAAAGAAAUAGAAAAUGGCGAUAAACAAAACAGUCCAUCUCGCUUCAAGAUGGGAGGUCUAGGUGCACUAGGUGCAAAAAUGCGAUCUUAUACAUCAAACAAUAGCCAAACAAUACCUAGCCACCGACCGGACCCACAACGAUCCCAGUCUUCCAAUGAACGAAUGCCAAAACGUUCGUUUAGCGGCUUAUCAUCUCAUCUUAACUUGGCAAAGUAUGCCGAUGCCAACAAGUCACAAGAAGAACUCAAGAAAGAGCGCAGAGGAAGUCGAUUCUUUUCACCAUUCUCUGCUUCGAUGAAAAAGACUGGAUCAACUUCUAAAAAGGACAGACCAUCUUCUUCCAUCGAUUCUUCCUCUCUUGAAAAUGCACGAGAAGGCUCCCUGCAUCAAUAUGACAUUGCUUCUGUCGAUACAAGCGAGGAUGAUGCUAAAGUAUUCGCGGAUUGGAAGGCGGGGAAACGAAUCGAGGAUACUUUAUGCAUACAUCCACAAGACGGCUCACAUGUCAGUUCGGCAACGGCUUAUUUGAGCAAUGAUCUUGCCACACAAGAUGCAAAUGCUGUUGAAGAUAUUGCGAACAAUGCUACUGUGCCGGAAGCUAGGAGUAGGAAGUCUUUCGUUGGUGCUCUAAGGAGGCGAUUGAGCAGAACCGACUUGAUCGACUCUCCUAAUGUGGAUGUCCAAGAUGAAGGUCAAAGUAAAGGCUUCAAAGAAGGCAGCAGCUCACAGAAUGAAUCAGGUCAAGCUCCAAGCACCUUCAACCUUCGAUCAUUCCGUAAUGUGAGAGGAAGCUCCAUAUAUUCUCAAGAGAUCGCCUUCCCAAACAAUGAACGAACACGUAGUAGGACAGCAAGUGUAUAUUCAACUGAAGACAUACCCAAACCUUCAUUCGGUGCUGCUGGUGAAAGUUUUUCCAAUUCUAGACGGGGUAGUAUUAUUACUGCUUCUGGUCCGCUUACAGCUGUGCCUGAUCAUAUACAGGCCAAUCGAAUCACGGUAAACACCAGCAGUUUGGCUACAAGUCCUUCGGCAAGUAAGCCUACUAGCCCUCGACCGGAGUCGAGAAGGAUGUCCACAGCUGGAGGAGGAACAAUGACUGCUGGUUUAUUCUUGAGGAAUGCAGCACGUUCCAGGCCGGAUUUGACCUGUGCCGUUGAUGAUGAGCCCGGAAGUCCACUGGCACCUCUUUCACCAUUACUACCAGGCGGAGGCAAUGCAAAUGGACGUAAUCGAACAUCCUCUAUCGGUGGAACGCCUUAUCGCCCCUUGACACCGCUCGGACAAGGCGCUUGUAGCCCAGGCGAAGAAUUGGCAUUAUUGGAAGCAGAUUUAGCAAGGGCAAAGACGAAUUCUUCUAUAAUGUAUUUAGCGCAAUUAGAAGAAGAACAAGCGGCAAUCAAAAGAAGACAACAAAGACGAAGUAGACAAUACAGUUCUUCAGGAUUAGCAGAAAGUCCCGUUAUCAGUACGCCGCCAAACGAUAGCUAUUUUCCUGCUUUCGGUAGAGGCGUUGGAGAGCAUCUUGUCCGAUCUACCGAUGAGUACUCAAGGCAGUCUCAAUCAAGUCGGCCGCCUCAGACGUUAUUUGAAAGAUUGGUCCAGCUAGAAAAAGAUGCUUUGCAGCAAGAAAGUCGGAAUGGCCUUGGACUACAGCCUGACGGUCAAGUAACAAACACGAACCGUUCCACUUCUCCGAUCUCACGUUAGGUUGAGAUUCAUCAUCGAUACAUACAAUCAGUAAUUGAUCGACAGGGGCAUGUGCAUAUACAAGCAUACAUACAUGCGACAUUAGCAUCUUUUGAUGUACUAAGUUGUUGCGUAUGGAUUCAUUGCCCCUAUCUACUGGACAUUAUCUUGCGUUCUUGGUUCCUUCUCUUUAUUCUCUUUAUUCAUGUAUGUAUUUUAUGCAGCUUUAAUUUAUGUAGAUCAGAUAUUUCAACAAAUCAUUUUCGCGGGGAGAGAAGAAGAAGAGUAAAGAAGCAUCACAUACACAUAAAGUAUGCUUGGCAUUCUUCAGGGGUACAUACGUACAUGAAGAUCAAAGCUACACUUUUUGAGCUAAGGAUCAAUAAUCUGUCAAUCAGAC